UAAUUUGAAGCGGCACCAAAAGCUCCAUGUCCAAGGAGAUAAUCCUUUUGCUUGUCAUCGUUGUGCUAAGACGUUUCGAAGAGCUUCUGAUUUGAAACGCCAUGAAAAAGCCCACGAAAAGCGAGCGGUAGAGCGAGAGUACAAGUGUGGUACCUGUGAUGAAGAGUUCAGGAAUGCUGCUCCCUUUCGGGCCCACAUAAAAUCGUCUCAUGGACAAAAGCGCAAAACAGCCUCUAAUGAUCACCAAGAACCACCAUAUAAGAAAUCAAAACCGACCCAGAAAAAAGACCGUUCUGAUCCCCAAGAAACCCCUGCUGAUUCUGCUGGUUCUAGUUGGCAACCUGACCCGUUCARCAUGCCAUCCACACUUUUAGAUGGGGACCAAUCAACCUUAGAAAUCUACAAGAGGCACUGGCGUCAGAUCCGUACUCGAUUUAGUCGAAGAAACAAAGUUCAGGAUUGGUACAAUUUCAGGAUCGAUACUCUCAACACCGAAGACUUCAUCCGUCAAAUAAACCGUAUCUUCCAAGACCAAUCUACCGUAUUUAGACUCAACCUGUCUUUGGGUUUCAUUCUCCGUAACAAUGAGACGGGACAACUUCAAUUCUACCAUGCUUCACAUAAUAACAGCAGACUGCUUGAGGAACCAUUCCCAACCAUAUCCAACGCCUCAGACCUGGAGAAGGUACAUGAGCAGUUACGAAACCUGGACAUUCUAGAAUGGGUGCGACAGAAAAGACCGAUUAGCAAAURAAUCGUCAGCUGGAUUACGAACGCGUGCUUCUACAUUAACAAACUCCGAGAUCAUCCGAUCGGUCGUUCUUCACUGCUACCAUCUUACAUCCUAAACAAUAAAGCCCUCGUUGCCUUGGAGUGCGACAGUAAUACUAGCCGUCCCUACCAAGAUAAUCUGUGCUUUUUACGGUGUCUGGCAGUACAUAACGGAUGUCAUUUAAAGAAUUUGAAGAGGGAUACCAAGCAUUAUUUUGAAAGAUACUCCCAAACCACGAACAAGUCAAAUUUGCAGUUAAAAGAAACAACAACUUUAUGUGUCUGAAAACCGAACAUCUCAAGUUCUUGGAUGUGACCAUCUUCCUCGCUCCAGGAUUCAGCUAUGACAAGUUUCUCAAAGCCUAUGAAUGCCCUCAAACUAAAGGGUUCUUUCCCUAUGAGUGGAUGGAUUCCCUGGACAAGCUCGACUACCCAGCUCUUCCUCCCCAUGAAGCCUUUUACUCCUCCCUCACCAACACUAACAUCUCGCUAGACGACUACCAGUAUUGCCAUCACGUCUGGCAAGAGAAUAACAUGCAGUCUUUCCAAGAUUUCCUGGUUUGGUAUAACAACCUGGAUGUCCAGCCUUUCUGUGAAGCUUUGGAGAAGAUGUGUGCGUUCUGGAAAGACAAGGAAAUCGACAUGCUGAGACACGGUAUUUCCAUCCCUGGCGUGACGCUGACCUAUCUCUUCAUGACUUUGGAACCAGAUAUCUUCUUCUCUUUAUUUGAUGAAAAAAACAAAGAUCUGUACUAUCUGUUCAAAAAAAAAAAUAUGGUGGGUGGACCAAGCAUCAUCUUCCACCGCUACCACGAGAAGGAAAAGACCAAGAUCAGAGAAGUGGAGAUGACAGGUCAAGGUAAAGAAGCCAAACUGUGUCAAAAGAUCGUGGGGUAUGACACCAAUGCUCUCUACCUCUGAGCCAUCAUGCAAAAUAUGCCAACUGGGGUAUUUACGAGAAGACGAGAAGAGACAGGGUUUAAGAAGGAAAGUUCAGUCAAGAUGGCGACGGAGUGGUUAGAGUGGGAAGCCAAAACACGUGGUAUUCAAAUUCGACACCAAGUCAAUGACAYUGAGAAAAGGAUUGGUGCCAGAAGACUGCCUGUGRAUGGGUUCCAUGGUCCYAGCCAAACCGUCUUUCAAUUUCAUGGUUGUUUCUGGCACGGUCAUGACUGUCAUUUAACCAAAGGGAAAGAAGUAAACGAGAGACGAAAGAAACCUAUGGCUGAGCUGAGGUACGAGACUCGUGUGAACACCCAGUAUAUUCGUGAUGAAGGCUAUACGGUCAUUGAGAUGUGGGAAUGUGAAUGGCGAAGAAUGAAGAAAACUAACCUUGCAGUCAAAGAGUUAUUGGAAACCAAGUUCCACAGACCCAUGGACCACUACAGAACCCUUACCCAAGAUCAGAUUAUACAAGCCAUUCAAAGUGAGCAGUUGUUUGGGGUCAUCGAGUGUGAUAAAGAAGUUCCUGACCACCUGAAAGAUAAGUUCAGUGAAAUGUGCCCAAUCUUCAAGAAUGCAGAGAUCAGUCGCGAAGAUAUCGGCAAGUACAUGCAAGGCUUUGCUAAGGAUCACGAAAUUAUAGCUCGACCACGCCGUAGCUUGAUUGAGAGUUACUUCGGUGAAAAGAACUUACUGGCCACUCCCUUAAUCAAUUGGUAUCUGGAACAUGGUUUACAAGUGACGUGUAUCUACCAGGUCGUGGAAUAUACGCCUAAUCCUUGCUUCAAGCCGUUUGGAGAAGCAGUGUCCAAUGCAAGACGGACUGGUGACAGAGACCCCAUCAGGCCAUCAUUGCCGAUACCAUGAAACUCGUAGGCAAUUUUAGUUAUGGCAAGACGAUCACGGGCCAAGAAAGACACCGAGUAGUCAAGUUCUGUGAUGAGGUUAAGACGUCGCAGUUGGUUAAUAGCUCGUUCUUCCGUCAGCUGGAAGUCAUUGAUGACAACACGUAUGAAGUCCAGUCAGCGAAGAAGCGCAUUAGUUUAAAUCUCCCCAUGCAAAUAGGGUUCUUUGUCUACCAAUACGCUAAAUUACGCAUGCUACAGUUUUAUUAUGAUUUUCUUGAUAAGUAUUUGAAUAGAUCUGAUUUUGCUUAUUGUGAAAUGGACACCGAUUCUGCGUAUAUUGCAAUCUCUGGUGAAAAUGUGGAAAGUUUGUUCAAACCCGAAAUUCGAGGGAGGAAUUCGAAUCUCACAAACAUAACUGGUUCCCUCGUACCGAUACUCCAGAGAACAAAGCGUAUGAUAAAAGAACUCCAGAUUUAUUAAAGGAAGAGUGGUCUGGGGAUGGGAUCAUAAGUUUAAGCUCCAAGAAUUAUUAUUGUUUUGGAUCUCAUAAUAAGUUUUCUUGCAAAGGAAUAAACAAGAAGACGAAUGAAAUUAACAAGGAAAAGUAUUUAAAUGUAUUGUUAACCAAGCGAAGCAGUUCGGGAAUCAACAAGGAUUUUAGGGUCGUGAAGAACAGAAUGUGUACUUAUAAACAAGUACGGGACGGCUUUUCUUACUUCUAUCCCAAACGUAAAGUGUUGGGGGAUGGUGUUACCACUCUACCAUAAGAUAUUUAGUUUAUUUUUCAAAAUAUAAUGUAUAAAUAGAGGGUGAACACACCUCUUUGAAAUUCCCUUUUUCCCUCUCUUCCCUCUUGUCCCUCGAUUUUCAAUCAAAAAUGUUUGAAAAUAAGUCAUAAAUGUUAAA